AUGCAAGGCGGAAAGUGUUUGAAAAGUGCCUGGAAGCUUUUUAAAUCCAGCGGCGAGGGAGCUGCGAGACACUACAGCCAUACAUCCACUCGAGGCUCUUUCGGUCUCCUCUUCGACAUCGACGGCGUGCUAGUGCGCGGUCAGACGCCCAUCCCGGCCGCCAAGCGCUGUUUCCGGAAGCUGGUGGACCGGCGAGGCCGGUACAAAGUCCCCGUGGUCUUUGUCACCAAUGCUGGAAAUUGCAUGCGGCAGGCCAAAGCAGAACAUCUUUCACAUUUGCUAGAAGUGGAGGUGUCACCGGAGCAGGUGAUGCUAUCCCACAGUCCUUUGCGAAUGUUCACGCAAUUUCACCAAAUGUGCGUGCUGGUGUCCGGACAGGGUCCUGUACAAGAAGUGGCUCGCAUGUUGGGUUUCCAGAACGUGGUCACCAUAGAUCAAGUCCGAGAAGGAUAUCCUCUUCUGGACAUUGUGGAUCACGACAGAAGACCCAAAGACAGUAUUCCUCCCACAAAAGGAUUACGGCCAAUAGAAGCGGUGAUUUUAUUUGGCGAACCAAUCCGAUGGGAGACCAACCUCCAGCUCAUUCUCGACGUCCUCCUCACUCACGGCAACUUGGGCAGCAACUGGAACGGGGCGCCGUACCCACACCUUCCUUUGCUAGCGUGUAACAUGGACCUCCUUUGGAUGGCCGAAGCUAAAAAUCCCAGGUUUGGUCACGGGAUGUUCCUGGUAUGCUUGGAAAGCCUGUACAAGAAAGUGACGGGUCAGGAUCUUAAAUACGAGGCUCUCAUCGGCAAACCCAGCGUGGUGACUUAUAACUACGCCGAGUUGCUGGUCAGGCGGCAGGCGGAGAGACUCGGAUGGAGCUUGCCCGUCAAAACGCUCUAUGCAAUCGGCGACAACCCGAUGGCCGACAUAUACGGCGCCAACCUGUACGACCGCUACCUCCGGACGGCCCCGCGUUCGGAAGCCCGUCUCCCAGAAGCGUGUCGCUCCAUUCUGGUGUGUACGGGCGUGUACAGCAAAGAGGAGGCGCUGCCGUCGCUGUCCCAGCAGCGCGUCUUCCACGGCCACAGAGACUUCCGUUUUGAGCCCGACCUCACGCAGCCGUCCUACGUGGUGGACGACGUCCAGGAUGCGGUGGAGCUGGCGUUCGAACAGGAAGGGUGGUCUCUUCAUUAG